AGCAAAGAGAUACUUAAUAUAGAACCUUUUUUUUCCUGUAGAGGAGGAGAACUUUCUGUUAUAUUUUUUCUUCCAUCUUGAUCUUGUUGUUGGGGAUGCUUUUGAAUUGGGAUUUUAAGAGGUAAACAGAAGUCCAAAAACCACAAUGGGAAAUUCUUUUGCCUAGUGUAAAGAGAGUUACUGUCGGUCUCCAUUGACUUAAAUUUACCAUUUGGAAUAGGUGUGGCGUUUUCCUGGCUUGGCAAUUCACUGAUGAAGUUAAAAGCAUGGGUUAUAAUGAAACAUCUGUUUUCCUCUCAAUAUAAUAUCAGGAAAAAUGUCCCACCACCCCUGCUGAAGACAUUAAUUCUCAGACCUUGAUGAGACACAUGCAACUCAGACUAUUAUUAACUCAUCUCCACCCUUAGUCAAUAUGAGGAGAAGAAAUGAAAAAAAGUAGAAAUAAAGAGGAAAAACUAGAGAACAAAAAAAAAAAAGGAAGAGGAGGUGGGUCGAGAGAGAGAGAAACUAUAACACCUUAAUGAAUGCGACUUUUCUUUCUGGAGAGCCUCCUCUUAUAUUAAUUCAAUUCCCUUUCUCAGCUGCUACUUCAAUUUCUAGCCUCCCUAUAUCAAAACCCUCUCUUUCUCUCUCUCUAUAGCUUUUUUUUUUUUUUUUUACCAAAGCAUUCCAAAGGCACUGUUCAAAACCAGCCCUGCUCAUUGCUGACAAUUUCACCUAGGAUUCAGCAAAGUUGCUGUUUUAGGAAAGGUCCCUUCCUCAUUGUAAUUUGAUCUGUCUCAAAAUGGGGAGGCACUCUUGUUGCUACAAGCAGAAGCUGAGGAAAGGUCUUUGGUCUCCUGAAGAAGAUGAGAAGCUCUUGAGGCAUAUUACAAAGUACGGUCAUGGUUGCUGGAGCUCUGUCCCUAAACAAGCUGGUCUGCAGAGGUGUGGAAAAAGCUGCAGAUUAAGGUGGAUUAACUACUUACGGCCUGAUUUAAAGAGAGGCACAUUCUCUCAAGAAGAAGAGAACCUCAUAGUUGAACUUCAUGCAGCUUUGGGGAAUAGGUGGUCCCAAAUCGCUGCACAAUUGCCAGGAAGAACCGACAAUGAAAUUAAAAAUCUAUGGAAUUCUUGCUUAAAGAAGAAGCUUAGGCAGAGGGGCAUUGACCCUGUCACGCACAAACCGCUCUCAGAGGUUGAAAAUGGAGAAGACAAGUGUCAACCGACAAAUAGCAUGGAUAUGGUUUCCGGGGCAUCUAGUGAAUUAAACCUCAACGCCGACAAUGUUAAACCUGGAGCAGCUUUACAUGAACAAAGACCAACAUCGGUUACUGCACAAGGUUACCAAUUGGAAAUGGAAGGAUCUUCCAGCUCCAAGACGAUGAACAGCAGCAAUAACAGUAGCAACAACCGCAAUUUGAUAACAUCUACAGCCAGCAAAGAUUUUUUUCUGGAUAGAUUCUCAACCACUCACCAUGAAAGCACAACAACCAACGGCCAUCCUUCUGAUUUGGUGGGUCUUCUUCCAAUUCAGCAAUUGAACUAUGCAUCCAAUGCAAGGCUCUCAUCUACCUCAAACCCUACUCUCUGGUUCACCCAAACGAGCAAAGCUUUCGAUAUCAAUUCUGAAUUUUCUUCAACUUCGAUGUCUACCCUUCUUCCCCCCUUGACAAGUUCAUUUCUCUCUGCUCCUAUGGGCUUCAAGCAAUCUGUCACCGUUUCCUCUGAUAGUCCUUCAAUGGCCUCGUUUACUGUUAAUGGAUCCCGCUAUUGGGAAACGGUUGCGUCCGCUAAUAACAGUAACAGCGGCAGCAGGACUGAGCUACAAAGCAACAGUUCCUUCUAUGAGAAUAAUAGUUUCUCUUGGGGAUUGGCAGAUUGUAGCACACCGGAGAAAGAAGCUCCAAUUCAUCUAAUGGAAAGCCAAGCAGAAGAAAUCAAGUGGCCAGAAUAUCUCAAUAACCCAUUAGUAAUGGCGGCUGCUUUGCAAAAUCAAACUCCACAAUCCUUAUACAAUAUCGAGAUAAAAUCAGAAACACAUUUCCUGACUAAUAAUAAUAGUUCAUCAAACUGUAUGUGGCCUCAUAAUCAACAGCAGCAACAAGAACCUUUACAAAAUUCUGAUACGUAUGCUAAGGAUAUCCAGAGACUUACGGCAGCUUAUGGAAAUAUUUAGCUUUGCAUCUAUGAAAGGUCCCAUCUUCUUGGGGGACUUGAACAAAUGCCAUUCUCAUAUCAGGUGUGUACCCACAGUUUUUUUCUUUUUUCUUCAUUCUCGUGUAUAUAGGUCUGAUACAAAAAUUUAUCAUCUCUGCUUUUGGACUAUUUGUGAGCAAAACAAUUGUUGUUAGCUUUUUCCAUCUUUUUGUGUGUGUGUGGGGUAGAAACUGCAAAAUAAGGCUUGUUUUAUUGUCUUUUACUCUUCUUUGCCUCGUUGCAUAUGGCCAUAUUUGUGCAUUGGAAUGUUGCAAUUCUCUCUGUAAACAAUUGUUGAUAAAAGAAAAAAAAAGAAUAUU